AUAGCUUGAUGUCGGUUAUUCUGCCGGUGACAAUACCCCAGCUGUAGUAGACUAGUAGUAGCUUCUCCAUCAUUGGAGUUCACACAGAUGACAAGAUGGGGAUGCAGCCCUCUACAAUGCUCCAUCCUUGUAUCCAUCACCUUGUCCUAGUCAUCAAAAUGAAGAACAUGAACAAAGAUGGCGGCUGACGGCGACAAGAGUAAUUAGAGGCUGCCAUUGAACUACAAGGUGGCUAAGGGAAAUCAAGUGAGUCGAACAAUAUUAACAAGGUGUAAAGAAAAAAGAAUGAAAAUACCUAGCGCUCUGCUAGGGUUGGGAGAGCGCCGCUCUUGGCCUCUCUGUACCUUACUCCUUCGUCAAUGGAGCAAAUCUCCGACACCGUUCUCAGCGUCGUUACCCUUGCGCACGGUAGAAACCGUGCAUGUUUACCAGUCGCCGCAAGCAUGCUUCCCAGCGACAACCUUCUGGUCCCAGACUCUAUCUGAUCGUGGUUGGUGUGGAGAAGAAGCAGCUGUGCUGCCUUGUUGGGUUGGAACAACACCGGAUGUGAACCGUCUCCGACCGAGUCGAGCACGUCUGAAAAUGGGUUUAUUGGUUAGAUCUGGACCGGUGGUGGUGCGGUGUACAGUGGAUCGGUACGUGAUCAUGAUCACUGGUGAUGGGAGGAUGACAGAUCGCUGGCCGGCGUCGGAGACUGGAUUCGGCGUUUGCUCUGCUAUAGAUCUGAUCAGUGGGGGUUGGUUCUGGGGUAGAAGAUCUUCGGCAUUCCGCGGACAACUCCACAAGACUGAUGGGGCUGUGGGCAACGUCUUGAGUCUUGCGAACAUGGGGGUCCUCCGGCGAGGACUAGCGGCUCAGCGACUGGGGUCGAGGACAAGGCAGGUAUGGGUGCCCAGAGGGAUUUUGGGUGCCCAACUAUGGACCUGGGCACUUUCUUGUUUGGGUUACUCAAGGUGGGCCUGUGCUAGGUUUGGCUGGACCUCUGUUCAGUUGGAUUGUUCAAGUAGGACUUUGGGCUGGGCCUUCCUUCUUGGGGCUUUGCAGCUGGUGAAUGAGCCUGAAGCUGUUAGGACUCACAUUUGGGAUCCGGGAGACUGUUGUUGGGCCCUAAAUUUAUCUGCAUGUUGGAAUUGCUUCUUUGAUCACUUAGGUAGAAGAUUGCUCUCUAUUCAGCGCAUUUUAUUGCGUGGAGUAGGCAAGGUCGGUCAUACUACCGGCGGUCACCUUGAUAGAAGGUUACCCUCUAUUCUACGUAUAUCUUUGCGUGGAAGUAUGGUCGACCAUACUAUUGGUACCGUUUUACAUCGCUCGGACUCUGUUUGGUGCCUCAUCAAAUGCUUAAUUGCAUCCCUUCGUAUUUUUGCUAUAAGGCAGUCGCUGCCACAGAGGAGCGGUAAAGGAACUGCCGGUAGGAUGCGCAAGGAGGCUGGCAUGCUUCGUGCGCUGGCUGUCGGUGUGCUGCGUGCGGGUUGGCAGCGACGAGGCUUGUGGGGGACGCUGGGCGAAGAGCUGCAGUGUGCAGCGAGCAGGAAGCAGCCACGUAGGGGGGCGCAAAGGGUAGCAGCGCAGGAAGGCAGGCUGUAG